UUCAAACGGCUCGCCUGUCCAAUUUUCUUUCAGCAAGUAGACGGUUACACACCUGGUGUGGAUUACCCGAUCUACGAUUCAGUACCUUUCGGCCUCACGUUUACCUGCGGAGGCAAGUUACCUGGUUACUACGCCGAUCCCGAAGCUAGAUGUCAGGUCUGGCAUUGGUGUUUGCCAAACGGUCGUCAGUUCAGCUUCCUCUGUCCAAACGGCACAGUUUUCAGCCAAUCGGCACGCGUCUGCGAUUGGUGGUUCAAGGUUGAUUGCAACGACUCGCCAAGAUUGUACGGCAUCAACGACGACCUGUACAGAGACGUGAACGGAAACAAGAUCUAACGCUAACCAUCUAAAAUCCGUGAACAUUUAAACGCGCUGAACUUAAGCAAAGAGAAAAAUUUCUGUGUACAGUUUGUUCGAGACACGAGAAUAUUCGAGUAGCAGCGGGAUUCGUCCAAGCGAAUUGUAAGUUCCUAGUUUGCCGGCAGAGAAACGCGCAGUGCAGAGCGCUAUAAUAUUCUCGGAUGCUAAAUUGCUAACACGAUGACGAUCGAUCGCUUGCAGCCAGACUGGUGCAACCACGAAAAAUCUUCAAUAUUUUCCGCAAAGUGAUUCGAACAACUCUUAUAUACCAGAUAUCCGAUUCUUUAAUAAAGAACAACAGAUGCAUUAACUUUUUCCUGCGUGUCGAA